GGUCUGUCCCCGGGAAAAGGAAGCGUGGCGGGGUCAUUCGCCGUGGAGUAGACGUUUUUGCCGUAUGUUAUCGUCGGGAAAACACCAGUUGAUCGGAAAACUUUCCAUUCGUUCACUCCUUUUCUUUUAGUAAUUUAUUUUUGGACAUUCCGAAAGGAAAAUUUAUUUGUCAGGGAUCAGAACUGCGUAACGGACGUGCAUAGUUAUAAUUUGAAUCUUCUUCAUUGAAAAGGCAAACUAGGGUUUUUUCUAUUCACUCCUGGGGUUGAAUAGAGAGAAACGAAUUCAGUGAUGGAAGGUUCGGAUCGAAUUGAUGAGCGGACAUUUAGGAUUAAUUUCAGCGGGGAUGGAGUGGCAAAGCUGCGAGAGACAGUGAAGGAUAAGUUGAAGGAGUUUAUGGGGGAUUACACCGAUGAUAUUCUUGUGGAAUAUGUCAUUGUUUUAGUCAGAAAUGGCAGGCCCAAAGGAGAGGCAAGGAAUGAACUAAAUGUGUUUCUGGAGGAUGAUAGUGAAUCUUUUGUUUCCUGGCUCUGGGAUCACCUCUCUUCAAACUUACAUCUGUAUGUGCAAGCUGAAGAAACUUGUCAUGAUGAAGUGACUAAGACAAAGCCUAUAUUGGUUGAACAGACAGAAAGAAAUGAUCCUAAGAAUCUAGACUAUGAAUCUGAAAGGGAAAAGUUGACUAAGGAACCCAGGAGUCGACGGAAUAGGGAAUGGAAAGGACUGGUAAGAGAUGUAGCUGAACCCCCUCCUCUUCGAAGCUCAGAGAUUGACAAUUUCCACCCAGAGGCAAAGACUCAUCAAGGAUCUGGCCAUAAUAAACGAUCACCUUCUCCCCAACCUUCACAUCAAAGGAAACGGAAUCGGCAAGAUGAUCUGAAACCAAUAAAGAGAGAGCUAAGCUCCCAUCCAACCAUUGAUGCCCCUCGUCGGCUACUUCAAUUUGCUGUGCGAGAUGCAGUUGGGUCUUUAAGGCCAUCAAAUUCAAGAACAGAGCCAGCAUCAAAGCGUCUUCUUUCUGUAGUUUCAACAUCCACAGGGGAUUUGUCCUUAGAUGAUCGAUCACAGAGGAUAAGAUCAGUUGCAAGAGUGCCGAAUACAAUGACAAGUGCAAUUAAAGCAACAACAGAAGCUGCUGAAGAUGUAAUCAGGUCUAAAUGUUCUGGAAAUGUGUUCAACUGCUUGGAGCAGAGUACGAAUGUGUCAGGGGCAACUACCCAAGCAUCAGGAUAUCGAAUACCUACUAUGGAAAACAGAGAAUAUGGUGAUCUUGAACAAGAUGGAGGAGUGACUGGUUCAGAUUAUAUGCAAGGACAUGAUUAUGGUGAACUGGCUGGGAAGAUGGCGAUGCUGGACAAGGGUGCUUGCUUGACACCUGAUUCGGUAUCUGAUAAUGAUGGUUAUGAUGAUAUCAAUGUUGUGGAUCACAGGGUUAUAGAUGCUUCUCAGGCUGGUACAUCUGUUGGAGACAAGGAUGGAGAUUCACUAAUGGUGCAGUACAGAGUAGCUAAAAACACUGAUGAGGCUACGAGGAAAACAUGGAUGAAAGAUCAGGUUCCACCUUUGGUGGCAAACACUUCUCGUAAGAUUGUGAACAUCUCAGUGAAUGUAAAUACAUGGAAACCACCGCACUACAAGACAUCGGGGGAGGUGAGGGACAUGGAGAAUAGAAAAACUUUACAGGACAGUGGGGUGGGUGAAGUCAAGGGCCUUCGGUUCAUGAAAGAGAACAGCAAUGUUGCUGCUGGUAUUGAGAAUGAAUCACCUAUGCAGACUCAUCAGGAAUCUCAAAAGACUGUGCCUCCUUCGACUUGUUCAUAUUCCACUAGUCGUCCUUCAGAUGAUGCUGAUUCUAGAACUGUCUUUGUCAGCAAUGUUCAUUUUGCUGCCACCAAAGAUACCCUUUCUCGACAUUUCAACAAGUGUGGUGAAGUUCUCAAAGUUACUAUAGUGACUGAUGCAGCAACUGGACAACCAAUAGGGUCUGCCUAUGUGGAGUUCAUGCGCAAGGAGGCAGCAGAGCUUGCGCUAUCUCUAAAUGGAACCUCUUUUAUGUCACGUAUUCUGAAGGUUGUGAUGAGGGCCUCUGCUCAUCAAGAAACUGCUCCCAUGAUUAGGCCCCGAAUGGCACGAGCCUUGCCAUUUGCUGCUAGGCUUGCCAGGGUUCCAUUUCCCAGAGGCAUCCCAGGUGCAUUCAGGGCCCGCCUCCCACUUAAAACAGGCGCUCGGAGCUUGCAGUGGAAGCGAGAUGCUCCGAUGACUACAGCUACUGAGGGUGCUGUUAAUGUUCAGAAUGGAGCAACACCCUCCAGCAAUGUACCAUCUCUAACUAAACGGAAUCUCACAUAUGUUCGAACAGAGCCUAAACCAGGUGGUAGUUCGGGUCCAUCUUAGUUCUAAAUUCUAACAAUUGUUCUUCCAGUUAGCCCCAACUGGCUGUGCAGCAUGCAACCUUUUCCUGGCAAGCAAAAAUCUGAGAGGCGAUUCUGCUUCCAUUUCCCAUUGCCUUGGAUUGAUAUAUGCUUGAAAAGCAGCCAGCUCAUAUCAGUUUUUCGCCCAGCAAGGAUCAUUAGUUUAUGAAGGGUAGAGGCUCUCUGUUUUCUUUCAAAAAUUUUGGGGAACAAAGAAAGUUAAUAUACAUACGCGAGUGGGAUGUCUUCAUUUUUUUUUCUCUGUGAAUUGUUUUCCCAGAGCAAUUUCUGCGAGAGGUGUAGAAGGAAAUGUGAAUACGAGGGAAGUAUUCAUUGGGAGACUGGAGACACAGUACAUGCCUUUGAUGCAUAAAUAGAAUGUUCAUACUCAAGCUGCGGAAUCUCCGUCGCUCUUCUGUGAAACGAUUGGAGUGGAGCAUGAUGCACCCAUACAUGUGUGUUUUUGACAGUUGAAAUUUCGUUAUAUUUUGUUUUGUUUUAUGCUUUCAUGUAAAUCUCAUUGCCUUUGAAAAGAAAAAGAGAGAAAAGAAUCCUUACAUAUUAUAAUGAUCA